CUGAGGCCUAAGACAUGAGCCUGAUUUAUAAAUAAAUAAUCAGAAGGACAAAUCUAUUCCUUGAAAAGAUAAAUACGUAGGCCUGACACGGCUUUCAAGGAAAUAUUUAUUACAGGACAAAUGGUAUACUUGUGGGUAGAACUUCCAAGAACAGAUCGGAAUAGACUUUGGCGUCUGCGGCUUCCAAUGAUCAACGAUUAACUGCUUAUACCCUUAGGCAGAGGACACUUUCCCCAGCAAGGACUUAAUCUCGAGGCUUCAGCCUUCUAAAACUCUGUGGUUUAUCGAAGGACAUCUUGACCGUUUCAGACGAAACACAGACAGUGGAUUGUAUAUGACAUUUUUAAUUCAGAAUUUGUGGUCUUGCAUUUUUUAAAGUAAAAGGAUGAAGGCUCUCACGAUAUGGAUUCUCGCCGUAGUGACCACUCUUUCCACUGGUCAGCUGGAUCGAGAGUUCAUAGGGAUGUGCGACCAGCCCUGGACACCGACCUUUGCCCAUGACUAUAGAGGUGUUGCCGUAUUGGGGUCGCGGUCUAUCUUGCAGGAGCGUAUCCUUAAGGGUUACAUGGUCCGCGUUCAGUUCUCCACAAAAGAGUGGGCUAUCAACUUCAUGUUGGAUGACUUCACAUUCAGAGGCAGGCACGUGUGUGGCGGUGCUUCCUGGAUCCUUUCCGACAAUGGCACCCACAUAGACACAGACGCCGACUGGCUGCCCACGCUAGUCUGUACUAAUGGAGAGGUGAACCGUCUGAACUAUACCACCGCUAGCUGGAACCGAGAGAUCGGCAAGCAGGACUUGGAGCUAGAUGGAGAGAUCUGGUGGUUUAGUAAACCCACAAGCUGUGACGAGCAGCCCGUCUACUCUCAGUUUGUUGACGGUUCAGUGGCCUAUGGCUCCCUCAACAAGUUACUAAAGUUGUCCAAAUGGUCCGAGUUGCGGGUGAGCAUGCGAGAUCGAGGUUACUCCUUCCUGGUUCAGAACACCAAGACAUACGACAACGAGCUGCUUACCGCCCAAAGCCUCAAUCACAUCAGCCUCAGAUACACGUCCUCGGCUGUCAAGUACAACGAGGCACCCUACUACAACUGGCUGGCUGUGUGGGCCACUAAUGGCCGUCGUGACGUGUCAAGAUGGUACCUUAGCAACACGACGCUGUACAAGCACAACAAUGACUUCGUGUCCCUGGACUGGUACGGCGACCAGUGCUGGAGGAGGGUCUACUCCACUGACUACGACGGUUUCCCGACCUACGGCAGUCUGGAGGAACUCAUACAGUUGGUCAAGCUCGGACAUCGGCUGCGCAUGCACUUCGACGGCUACACUCUCAAGGCUAAUGGCAUCCGGGUCUUGGAUGGGCAGAUCGUGGCCCAGACAAUCGAGGAGUACGCGCGGAGGGGAAGCUACCCGAGCUAUGAGGCGCCGUUCUUCAACAGCAAAGCUCGCGCUGUGUACAGGCUGGUACACUCCACGGGCAUGGUGAAAACGUACAUGUACAACAUUGACGACUUCCAGUUGAGCGAAAAAACACAGAAGAAGUUUGCCAUAGACUGGAUGGUGGACACUCGAAAAUGGGUCAAAGUUUUCCGCACAGAUGCCAAUGGACAGGUGACGUUCGGUAUGAAGAGAGACCUGGAAGAGGCAGUUGGUCUUGGCGCCAGUGUUAGGCUGGACAUUGAGCAGGAUGAACUGGCCGGGCAAUUCUUUACGGAGGCUGAUAACGUGCGACUAAACUUCUUUACCACCGAGAUAUAUGCCCAGGCCUUGAAGCACGUGAGUGACCAAAAGCAACAGUCCGUGGACGAAUACAUUCUGCAGAGUGAUAUCUUCCGGUGGUCGCUCAUGGUCAGCACCAACGGCGUUGUUGCCAUGAACGCACGUAGACUGACGUCAAAGACGCACUUGUACGACGCCGUCUCCCCGGCAACAAAUGUCACGUGGUUUGUCAACAUCUAGAGUCCACUAGAAGGGCAACCGGGAGACUACAACAGAGAGUUUUAAAACAGAUAUUGAAAUGGAAAGACAGUCUACCUUGGGUAAGAUUGACAACAGAACUAGCUAACAAAUCGUUGAUAUCAGUCAUUGGUUUCUUUCCACUCGACAUUUGCUUCUGCUUGUUGAACAUAGAUCUAAAUGUUUUAAUAUCUUCUGGGGAUGGGAUCAAGUCCCCGAGACAGUAAGGAAUCAUACCCGAGAAACGUUUUCACUGCUUCAACUGCAGCCUGUAGAAAUGAAAACAUCGAAAAAAACCCAACAACAACCAACGAGCUAGACAGUUUGAAAAUGAUCAUAAGAACUGUUAUUUCAAACAUAUCAAAGGGAGACUUUUUACUGUGCAAGCAUAUCUUUAUCUGUACUUAUUUAUUUAACAUUGGUUCCUAAGUAUUUCUAAUGUUGAUUAUCGCAGGUUUUGUGAAAGUAGUGAGCACAGUAUAUUAAUCUAAGUUGCGCUACAUAAUGCGUGUUCGUUGCACGUGUGCAAAACAGCAUAAUAUAUGCAAGCAGUUUUAAACACAUAAGGGCACCCGUGUCUUUAAUUAAUUAUCACACUAAACAUAAAUGAAUGCACUUGCACCCACGAUCAUAAUCUAUGACAUGCACAUACUCACAUAACAAUCAAAUAUACACUUAAAAAUCCUAUCGGUUUCUUUUGAUUUCGGGGCUAGGGAAAAAAAAAAGGGGGGGGGGCUGUUCCAUCGAGUUGCUGCUAACAAGGGGACUGAACAAAUAUUAGCACCAUGAUAUUUUGUCUGCGAUGGUUGCAGGGCUUUGAAUUUUAUUUUUGGAACGUUGUUUGAUGUACAGUGUGCUCAUUAAACCUGGUCAAUUGAGAUUUUU